GCUUACCUUCACACAACAGGACACUUGUAGCGGUUUUCUGGUCGUUGUUGUUUGUCGCGUUUCUGCGUUCUUUUUGAGGAAUUGUAUCGCAAUUGGCCUUUAACGAAGUUGGGAGAAAAUGGAUGCUACCGAAAAGAUUCCAGCAGCAUCUUCGAAACAAGGAACUAAAGAUGUGUGCAGCUCGACAAUGAAGUCUUACCAAUUUCUAAUCUCGCCGCCUCCUUCUCCGUUGACGGGGAAGAAUGUUAAGGUGUCAAUUGAGUGCGGUACCGUUGUUCCUGCGGAAAAAAGUGUUACAAGUGAGGAGUCAGUCGAAAAAAAGGAGCUGGAGGCUCAAUUGACUAGCCUUGUUAUACGAAAGUAUCGCAAAAACCCCCUGUCUUGGCUGUCACAGGAGAGAGAAUGGUUGCAGCACCAUUCAAGCUUUCGACGCGAUCGUUUUUGUCGCAGACGUACGGCGGCUUCUGCAAUUGACGGUCUAUUGAUGAAAGACCGUGCAGCAGGCGGUAAUGGCCGUGGUGGUCGCUAUUCUCGGUCUGGUAUUCCGACAGCAGGUGCUGUUGGACAUCGUCUGAAACAAUCGAGUCGUGAGUUUUCAACGAAUGCUCACGUCUUUGAUGUAGCCAACACGCCAUACGAACUGCUUCCGGACUAUUCGCCAGACAUGUCUGUCUUGGACAAGCGCACACAUCCCCGUCCUCUUCGUACCGAAUGGAAGGGCCCACCUCUGGACCUUUCCAACGACGAGCACAGCCAUCUGCUGCAUCCUGCCGAACUCCAACUUGCUUCCACGUUGCGUCUUCCAUGCUUGGUGUAUUUGGACAACAAGCGCCGAAUCUUUGCCGAAUGGCACAACCGUCAUUCUCAAGGUCUUACAUUCCGCAAGACCGAUGCACAGCGUGCAAGCCGUGUGGAUGUCAACAAAGCCAGUCGUUUGUGGAAGGCGUUUCACGAUGAGGGAUUCUUUGACGACUAAGCAAAGUGCGAGGAAGGAAUGGUUUACGCAGACAAGCUGACAGCUCUGUACUGUCAGCUAUGUCGGCUAAGAAAGCAAGCACCAUUGGCUUGCUUUCUUCCCUGGUCGUCGUUUCUCCACUUUCUUCCGUGCCUCUUCCGUUCCUCAUCCCUUCUCCUUCUCUUUUUCAAAAGUUGAACCUCUCCAUUUUCAUUGCAUUUGCCUAUAUCUUUCCGCACAUUGCUAAGCGACUGUCCGGUUGGUUUCCAUGACACUUGCAAACUUCUUCUUGUUUUGAUUUUUAUUUUGUGUCCGCGCGGGAAUCAGUGUUCUAUCUACUGAUCUUUCGUUUUGCGUUUGGUGCAUUUGGAUACACAGAUUCUCAAUUCGUCCAUUGGAUCCCCUUUAUUCCGCUUUUUGUCAUCUUACUUUUCUUUUUUCUUUUUUUCUCUUGUCUUCUUGAUUGCGUUUGCAACAGGGAGAGUGAACACAUGGGAGGAAAGGGGUUUGAAACAUCAUCAAUAGGUCGUCAAAAAGCUGCUGGUUCUUUUCUCGCUUUUUCUCCCAGUUCCGUCCUCUAUCCUCUCCUCCUCUCGCCAUACUUUUGGUUGCUUUUUUGUUGCUUCGUAUAUUACAAACUUUGGCCGCAUCUGGAUUUCCACCGUCUGCUGCUUGUGUACAUCAUUUCUACCCUACUCAAGCACAAGAACGAUUCGCUUGACUCCAUUCUUUUCGGUCUCGCUGACGUUUCUUCUGUUUGUUAUAUGUAUGUUUGAGUUUUUGUUGGCGAGAGCACUUUUGCUCAGAACACUUUGUUUUAAGUUAAACAUUGCAUUAAGCUUGGCUUUUGAUCUUCUUCUCUUACAUAUACUACUCCUUCUAAUUCACAAUUCUCAACUUCCCUUUGCUCUUAUUUACUUCUACUUCUACUUCUUACAAUUUCUUUUUCUACUUCUUUUUCGAUACUCUAUAUAUCACCGCAUAAUGAAAAGCACUUUCAAAGCUAUUUACAUAUUAAAAUACUGCAUUACUAAGACAGAGAUCGUCUGAGGACUAAGGUACAUUACAUGAUAAAGAAAAGUCAAUUAGCGAAGAGGUUGGAAACAAAGGCAGGAAGGAUAACGAAAUAGCGAACAACAUGCCGAACAGUACGCAGUGUACAAACCGCGACUGCAGUGCACGCCGAGCGGAGCUUCGAUUUUUGGGGAAGCGCAAUUAGUGUGUAUAUUUUCAGUAGCCGGUCGGAGUUUUAGAAGAGGGGGGUUGAUGUCGAGAGUCUCGAGAUGAAAAACGCAAGACACUUUGCAGCGAGCAAGCCAACAUGCUGUAGGUGGGUGUUGUAUGUGCUGAAUGUGCUGAAUGUGCUGUACGGAAAUAAUAAGAGACAAGCUGUUAGACCAGCGAUAUUACACAGUUGCUAGCUGCAGAUCAAAAACAGGCGGACAAAACGAUUACGAUGCUCGCCCAGCUAUCGACAAACAACAGUGUCGUCGGGUGUCGAAGACUAGAAAGACCAUCUUUUGUAGUUAAUGUCAAGACUAUGAAAUGUC